UCAUCGCUCCCCUCUCCCCCGUUCCUUGCAGUUGCAGAGACAAAAGAAUCAGGCAAAGCUUGCUCUGCUCAUAAAAGAAGAAGAAAAAGAUAAUGGAAAUGGCCAUUAAGACCCACUUCUUGGGUUCUAAUCCUCAGAUAAUAACUCACAGUUAUCAUAAAGAGGUAUUUCGCCGACGAGUAUGUGCUUCAACUCUUCAAAGCAGACAUGGACAGUUUUCUGGACAAUUAUACACCAGGAGAAGUCACAAGUGUUUUCCCACCAUUUCUGCUGUAUUAUCAGGUGCCAAGGAUGUUGAGGUUUCUUCUUCUCAGUUUGAAGGCUUCUUAGUUUCUACUUCUUCUGGUGUUACCGGGCCUGAUGAACUAAAGAUAAGUGUAGAAGUGUCUGGUACCAUAACUCGGGAACUUUAUGAUAAAGUGUUUGACAAGAUGGUGGCUGACGCACAGCCAAUCCCAGGAUUCAGGAGAGUUAAAGGAGGGAAAACACCAAAUAUACCCAAAGACAUUUUGUUGGAAGUUCUUGGACCUUCUAAGGUUAUCAAGCAAGUGAUCAAGAAAAUAAUCAACUCUACUAUUGCUGAAUAUGUGGAUAAGGAAGGUUUAAAAGUGAGCAAGGACUUGAGAGUUGAGCAGAGCUUCGAAGAUCUCGAGUCCACUUUCGAGGCAGGCGAAACAUUCAACUUCGAUGCGAUCUUACAGCUUCAAGAAAUAAAAUGAGAACAUUAUUCCUACUACAAUUUUUCAUAUACAAAAUUUUGUAUACCUUUUGACUGUACUCAUCUUGGAUUGAGCUCACAUGGUGGUGCACUUAAUUCUUAUAUACAUCCAACCACGUCGAGUCAUUAAUUUAUGCUAAAUGGUCUCUAAUACUGUAGUGUUUCUAAACGGCAAAUCACAAUACAAGA